AUGGGGAAACUGAGACCUGGGGGAGGGGAGUCGCUGGCCCCUGGCCGUACAGGAAGACCCCACCCCCUCUGGAACCUCCUGCUCCUGCUAUGGACCCUCCUGAACUGUGGUUUGGGAGGCAGUGCUCAGGGUCCAGGCGAGUGGACACCAUGGGGUUCCUGGAGCCGCUGUUCCAGCUCCUGUGGGCAGGGGCUCUCUGUGCGAAGUCGGCGCUGUGUCCGGUUCCCCAGGGAAGAGCGGUGCUGGGGGGACACCCAUGAGUACCGCCUCUGCCAGUUGCCAGACUGUCCCCCAGGAGCCAUGCCCUUCCGAGACCUCCAGUGUGCCCUCUACAAUGGCCACCCUGUCCUGGGCCCCCAGAAGACUUACCAAUGGGUGCCCUUCUAUGGUGCGCCCAACCAGUGCGACCUCAACUGCCUGGCCGUGGGACAUGCCUUCUACCACAGCUUUGGCCGCGUCCUGGAUGGUACUCCCUGCAGCUGGGGUAGCCAGGGACUCUGCGUGGCUGGCCGCUGCCUCAACGCCGGCUGUGACGGUUUGAUGGGCUCGGGCGCCCGCGAGGACCACUGUGGUCGCUGCGGCGGCACCAACGACUCGUGCCUCUUCGUGCAGCGCGUGUUCCGUGACACCGGAGCCUUCGCAGGAUACUGGAACGUGACUCUGAUCCCCGAGGGCGCCAGGCACAUCUACGCCGCCCAUCGGAGCCGAAACCACCUGGCGCUGAUUGGGGGCGACGGGCGCUACGUGCUCAACGGCAACGGGGAGGUGAGCCCGUCCGGGACACCCACGUCCCAAGACCUGCUCCUGCAGGUCCUCCUGCAGGAGCCCAAUCCCGGCAUUGAGUUCGAGUUCUGGCUCCCGAGGGAGCGCUAUGGCCCCUUCCAGGAGCAGGCCCAGGCCCUGGGCUGGUCCCUGAGGCAGCCGCAGCCUCUGGAGGGGGAGCCCCAGUCCCUUGAGCCCCAGGAAGCCCUGGCUGCUUUCCCCACACGGACCCCAAAGCCCACCCCAGAUCCCUGCCCACCCUGUCCCGACACCCGCGGUCGUGCCCACCGGCUGCUCCACUAUUGCGGCAGUGACUUCGUGUUCCGGGCUCGAGUGCUGGGCCACCUCCGCCAGGCCCAGGAGACCCGCUAUGAGGUGCGUGUGCAGCUCGUCUACAAGAACCGCUCGCCACUGCAGUCCCUCGAGUAUGUGUGGGCACCUGGCCGCUGCCCCUGCCCACCAAUGGCCCUCCAUCGAGAGUACCUGCUGGCUGCCCAGCGCCUGGUCAACCCCGAUGGCACUCAGGACCGGCUGCUGCUGCCCCAUGCUGGCUAUGCCCGGCCCUGGAGCCCCGCCGAGGACAGCCGAGUCCGCCUGGCUGCCAGACACUGCCCUGUCUGAGCCCUCAGACAAGAAAGAUGUGCCUGACCAGGCUCAAACUCAACCUAUUUCCUCUCUUGCCUGGCUUCCAAGGAACUCAGAACUAUCUCCCACCACAGCUAUGUACCUCUCCCUCAGACACACUUAUACACCUUUGCGUACAGUCAGUCAGAUCCACUCUCACAGUAGGCAGGCGCUGAUGAGAAAACACUGAAUUGCUUCUUUAACUCUGAUUUCUUCUCUCACCCUGACUGCCAGGAAACUCAUAGCUUUCUUUUACUCAAAAACUUUGUGUCUACUUUUAUUCCCCUUGCCUCACACUCACUUGCUUAGAGACACUCUCACACGCAAGCAGGGCCCAUAGGAAGACAUGCCUAAGGAGACAUUGUAAUGUAUCCGUUUCCCCUCUUGCCCUGGCUACCAGGAAGCUCCUCACUAUGUAACUCCCUGAAACUCUGCGCUCUCUCUUCUUGCUGCCAUUUACCCAUUCACCACAAUGUAUUCAGAGACAUUGUCACAGACAUACCCACUAGAACACAUGCCUAACUAGGCACUGUUACAUACUCAUUUCCCCUUUUGUGCUGACUACCAGAAGGCUCAGAGAUCAUCUUUUCUCUUUCAAUGUUGUAUUGAUUUCAGGUGUACAGCUUAGUGGUUAGACAAUCAUAUACUUACAUAGUGCUCCCUUUGAUAUUUCCAGUACCCAAUUAGCAUCAUACAUAGUUAUCAUAAUAUUAUUGACUAUAUUCCCUAUGGUUUACUUUACAGCCCCAUGACUAUUCAAAGAUAAUUUUGACAACCUCAGCAAUUCUAGAAGGGGUUCCUCCAGUCCACACUGCUGUUCACCCCUUUUAUAUUUCUACUUAGUUUUUACAAGCAAUUUUUUAAAAACAAGGGCACACUUGGCCACAGAAAUGUGUGGAUGCACUGGUAGUGGGAUCCACAACUGUGCUCUCACAGCGUGUACACAUGUGAUCUCACAAACCCCAUCCCCUCUACCUGGUCCAUUCCCCACCUCCCCUCAGAAUGUCUGACACUCUGUGGGAGGGGAGGACAGGGACUAUAUGAGGAUGGGGGGUGAGUACGGGGUAAGCAUGGCUUUUAUAGGUCCCAAGCCUCUUCUCCAGGCCUGCUUGGGGGCCACACAUUCAUCUCAGACCUCCCCAGCAAAGGAAGCAGUCAGAGCCCCUCCCCUCAGGCUAUCCUCAUCUUCCUGUGUUGUCAUAGAUUCUCUUCAUUUAUUCUUCUGGAGCAAGAGGGCAGACGUCAGUCAUGUGAGAAGUGAGGGUGUGUGGGGGGUGGCUCAGCAAACCCUCCCCCACUCUGGGUGGGGGCGCUGUCUUCUGCCUCCCCGUUCUGGAUGGGGUGCCCCACACUGUCAUUUUGGGACAAUCUGCUCUUCUGUACCAUCAUGGUUGUGUUUUUCCUGGUAGCAUGGAUACUGGCAGUGGGCAAGGGGCACACAAUAUGCAGGUCUCAGAGCUGGAUGGGCUCAGCCCCUGACUUUGCAGAUGACCUGAGGGCAGACCACUCCCCUCUCCAGUACCCUUUCAGCCCUUCCUGGCUCUGAUCAUGGGAAUCACACCCCUCUGGAUUCCUUCCCUAGCCCCUCAGUUCACUCAUGCAUUCCUCCAACGGGUAUUUAUUGAGUGCCUACUGUAUGCCAGGGGCCCAGCAGUGCUUAGACCAUCCCAGGCCUGGCUCUGUCAUCUGCAACGAGUGCUGAAGCUGGAGAAACCUCAGAGCCCCAACUUUCAUGGGCAAAGUGGGAUGCAGUUCUGGAGGGAGGUGUGGGGCCUGGGCGCCCACUGGUGGCAGGAUGGGGGAAAGGUAGUCAAGGCACUGGUUACCUGCAGCCCUGCUUCUGUACCUCCUCCUCCACACCCACUUCUCUCAUCUGCACUUGCCUUCCUCAGGAAUGCCCCUCCUCACCCACCAGCCUUACACCAGCACCCACUUACGGCUCCAUUCUUCCCACCACUGGCCUGAGGUUGUCCCCGCUGCCUCCAUGCAGUAUGGGGAUAUGUCUGGGAAUAAGGGUCUCAGGCCUUCUCAGCCCCAGAGCUCCCAAUCCCAAAUCAUCUGGACUGGCUCAUGAGAGGCCCUUGCUCCUGGGAAGGGCCAGCACAGAGUCUCCUCCGGCAGGCAGGAUGGCCUGUGACUUCCCCAGCCCUUCACAGCUCCUCCUGUAAUGGUCUUGUAACACUCCCAGUAAACAUGCCAUUGUUUCGAUCUGCUCUUUCGUUUUAAAGCAGUCUAACCAUUUAAAGAGAGAAGAAAACCUUGCAAUUCUAAAGUUGCUCAAAUUCAACAGCGUGGUGGUUCAGGAAGGAACUACCAUUUGUACUUGCCAAGCAACGUAUUACGCUGUUUUGCAUUGAAACACUAAUAACUCCAGGUGGUUACAUAGAAUGACAGAAACAAAGUGAAGCGUUCUGUUUUUUUCCUCUUUACAGUCAGCCCUCGGCCCUUUUUCAUUAGUUACUGUGUCCCUGCAGGGAUACGCUAGCCCAUCCGGGUUAGAGGCACACACAUUGCCCGAAGUGACUGCAAAUGGGUAGGAACCUCCUCUUGAAGGAAGCACAGGUGGCACAUCCUUGCUUGUCCAGAACCGGGAAUUCUCCAAAUUGACUUCCCACCGAUGGUGAUGUUUAUUAAAAGAUGAAUUAAAACA